AUGUCAGAACCAUCAAAGACUGGAUCUACCCUUAAUUACUACGGAGGCGCAGCUAAAGAAACUCUCGGUAAAGUUGUAGGUAGCAAGAAAAUGGAAGCCGAAGGCAAAGAAAAGAAGACAGGAGAAAAUAAAGAAUAUGAAGCUGCAAAAGCGGCGGGCAAAACUGAAGGUUCCAAAGACGAGGCAGCCGGAGAAGCUAAAAAGUCCACGUCCACCGGUAGUACUCUUGGCGAUGCUAAAUCGACGGUUGAAGGAAAGGCAACUGAAAUGAAAGGUCAGGCAGAACGCAAGGCUAAUGAAUAA